CUUUUAUAUAGGUAAUGGGUGGAGGACAGGAGGCCUUCUUAAAGAAGAACCAACAGGCCUGUGAGAGCUGGGAUUCUUACUGGUUACCUUAUAGCUGCAGUCUCGGCGCAUGCAGACCAACCGCUGUGUUCCAACAGCUGCUCUCGCUUUGAGGUUGUCUUCCUGUUCUUCAGGGUGAGGAACAAUAAAAACUAAAGGUCUGUUCCAAAGUUUCACAGCAGACAGCAGAGCUAAAGACAGUAUGACCUAACUCUGGAAUACAUGCCAAGGUCUCUUUAGAAGUAAACACCAUGAAGACACAUCUACAAUUUAUUUUCCUCUUUAUUCAGCUCUUUGAAGCCUGUGCGGAGGUGGUCUUCAGGCGCCUUACAGAGGAUCAGUCACUGGUACUCUCCUGCAUCCCUCAGCAGGAACAUGGUCACCUGGUGGGUCUCCACCUAUACCACCGCGGCCCCCAGAGCCAGACCACCCUGCUUUCUGUGGCUGAGGGCACCGCAGUCAGGGUGGACCCAGAGCGUGGGCCCCGCCUACAUCUCAGUGGGGGACUGAACUCGCCAAGGAUCAACGUUAGCAUCUCUCACCUACACCUGAGUGACACUGGACUUUACAUGUGGGAGCUGAGCUACAGACAGAAGAACAACUCAGAUCAGAUCAUCCUCGGUGCGCAGAAGUACAUCCUGCUGGUUGAAGGGGAAGGGAGGUCAUGCCAGUGCUCUCAUGGUUACGUCCUUCUGCUCCUGAUCAUCUCUGCAGCAGCAGGACUUCUUCUGCUGACAAUAUGCUUGUUGGCCAUGGAGAAAUAUGUAAGUUUAAGGCACCAUCGCCCACCGCAGCCUCAUUCUCCUAUCUAUGAGGAAAUGAGCAGGAAGCAGCAGAGAGCAGGAAACCCCAAAAUAAACCACGAGGCUUCCCCGUGCCCGGAUGAAGUCGACUUCCCAGUUUACGCCAACCCAAACAUCCGGCAGCUGCAGGAUAACUACUACGCCUGUCCCCGACAGCUGGCCCUCAGAGCCUGAACGCGCCUGUGGCAUCCCGCCAACAGGAAGUGACAUCAACAUGCUCAAUAAAAACAAGAACAGCUUAACAGACAAGAAAAAAAUGCUAUUUUAUUAAUAUUUGAAAGAAGCUCCAUAUUUCAUGAAAACAUUUGUUUCGGUGCAUGUCAUUUAACAAUCACAUUCUAUGAGGAGAAAGAGAUAUACAGAGAAAACAAAAAUAAAACAUUACAAGCCACUGACUUCUCAUUAACUCAGUAACAACAUGUAUACUAAUAAAAAAGGCAAAAAACAAAAACAAAAGCAGCCCUAAUCCCACCUCCCACCCUUCAUAACAGAAAACUGAGGAAAGGAAACAAAGAAAAACCCGUGAGGGUGACAGGCUAGAAUCCCACAGUGCUAAAGUGUGAGAUGCUCAUUGGUUUUAGGAAUACACAGCAUGGCGAUGUAGCACUAGGUCAAUAUGAAGAGAGACUGGGGGUGGAAAGGUGUAGGUGGUGGGCUUCACCCCAUCCAUCUGUUUGUCCCCUUAAAGAAAAACUAAAACACAUAAAAACACAUCAGAACCCCUGCAAUAAAACAGCCACUUAGAAGAAGCAGGCCAUAAAAUUCCCCAACCCUUUUACCUUCUGCCCCACCCAACACUUGUGCAUAGAUUCAUGAUCCUUUUACAACCAGCUCAUGUUUCACAUAACAUCCUCCGAAAUCUUAAAAACAGAAAUGAGCUAAAACAAGUCUGAUUAAUCUAUUAAUAAUAAUACCCGCCGCGGGAGAACAAAAGACAGAAAGAUUAAUGCACAAUGUUCCUGAUUCAGUCAGGAAGGGACCUCAUUAAGAAAAACACAACAAAGAUUCAAACAUACAGCAUUUGCAUGUUAUUUUUUUUUAAACAAACUCAUUGACCACUUUUGUUUUUAAAAGUAAAGCAAUUUUUAAUAUAUAGAUUUAUAUUAUAAAGCACUCCAUUUUUGUUUAAAAGUCCAUUAUUUGGUUAUUAUGUAACUGCUACGGAUUUAGAAACAAAAGGUAUUUUCUUCUGAAAUCCAUAACUUUCAGUGCUUAAAAUUCUGUCUUUUUUCUUCUUCUUUUUUAAACUCAUCAUACAUAAGAAAAUGUACAUUAAAAUGGCGUGGAGUUGGUACUCUGGAACCCUGGCUUUCCUGAGACAAGAUCCACUUUAAUCGUGUGUGUGCAAGAUAGUGAGCCUCUUUUUUUUUUUUCCUCUUUUCUUUUUCUACAAAGGGAAAAAAAAAAAAAAAAACAUAAUACAUAAUCAACAUAAAAACAAACAGAUAAGUUCAUGAAAAUCAACAUAAACAGAAGGAAGAAGGUUAAACAGAACAAGACAACACUGUUCAAUCCCAGAGUUCUGAAAGUAGCACAGGAAAUCUUCAUUUUUGUGUUUUUUUCUUUUUUAAAUGGAAGCAUUUGUCCUUUUGCUUUCUUUUUCCAACAUUCGUGUUGUUUGAUUCCUCCGUUGUUUUGCUGAAGAAAUAAAACUGUAAACUGUCAGCGGCCUUGCAGGAAAACCCCCCCCAAAAAAACAAUGACAGGACUUAAAAUAAUAAAAAAAACAAAAACAGAAAGGUAGGCACCUCUGAGGUGAGCCCUAGAAGCCAAGGCUCGGUCUGAUGUCUCGUCCUUCACUCUCCGUUUGCUCAGAUUAGGGAGAGUUAAAGUCCCUCUUACCCCCAAUCUAUGGCCACAGGUCUGAAAAAUACUUUUUUUUUUUUGCUGUUUUUUUCUUUCCAUAUAUAAUUUUUUUUUCAUUUUUUUUUUUUUAAGAUUUACAGUCUGAAAAAUGGUGCAAUACUCAAUUAUGAUCCAUACUUUCUUGGAUUAUUCCAUAAUGAAAGCCACUAAGGUAGAUAAAACAUUACAUUUAAAAAAAACCAAAAAAAAAAACAACACUUAUUUUAGUCCUUGAGUAAACAUUUACACGUGAACUGUCCCCCCGUUUCCCCCUCAGUACUUGUAUCAUGGUGUUCAUGUAGCUGGGUGAGGGGCGAGGCCGACACUCAGUGCAACGCUAGAGGCUAGUUACAACAUUACAAUAUAGUUUCUGACAAGCAAAAAAAAAAAAAAAAAAGCAUACUAAAACAAAAUGAAAUACGAUGCGGACGACGUUUUCCGCAGUAAUCACGAGCUCUCGUACUGGUGCAUCUCAAUAAAUGAGAAAAGCAUCAAAGGUUUAUGUCGGUAAACUAGGAAACAGUGAAACUAACAGAUUUAUUGCAUACAGACUGAUAUUUUUUAAGUGAUUAUUUCUGGUAAUUUUGAUCGUUAUGAUUUACAGGUAAUAAUCCCAAUUGAUUUUGUACCUUUUUCCUUCUACUACGCUUUCCAUUAACGUCCCUGCAUACAGCACUCUCAACAGCUACAGUGCAGUGAAAAAGUAUUUGCAAUCUCACAGAAUCUUGUUUUUUCUUUUCAUCUCUGAAGUCUUUCAAAUAAACUAGUUUCAC